AUGACCACUAAAACAAGAACUUACGGCAGAGGAAUUCUGCGUUUUACCUCGCUACAACCAUGUAGACGACCUGGACAGACAGCUUUUGCAAACGCUGCUCUCAAAAAGGACGGGGCAGUAAAUAAUUCUCGCGUGCAAAAUGGCGGGGAAAUGCACGUGCAUAAGAACGGAGGUGGAGUAGGUACUUGUUUAGUCGAUCGAGCAGUGCAACGUUCAAUAUAAAAAUUUGGCAAGAUUUCCGUUUAACCUCAUGCUAUUCUUAAAGAGAGUUGUGGUCCCAAAGGUAAUCUAAUGUUUACCAUUGUUUUAUGUUAUCCAAGUAAUGUUGCAUAAUGAGUAUGGGGUCCGACGGAAAUCUUGCCCGAAAGUCUUCCCAGUGGUCACCAUAUUAUAACUUGUAGUCCAUCAUACAAUCUUGCACGUGUGUGAUGGAUCUUAAGAUAUCACGUUACCAAAUAUACCCUAGCUAAAACUGGGAAAUGUCUGAGGAUACACCUUGAGUGAUAUUAUCCAAUUUUUAAAGCUUACAAAUAUUAUGAAAAAAGUCUCCUUUUAAAAUUUAAUUCAGGAUUAGGAAGCGUUUUUCUGAUACUGCAGAAGAAGGAAUAAGCUUGUUUGUUCAUAAGAGUGUUGAAGAGAAUGCUGCAACCAUUUCUUUACCCCUCUUAAAAUAUUUUUUUAUAUAUAAUAAUAAACACAAUAGCCUCAAUAUUUAACAAGACUAUGGCCAUAUAUUUGUUCUUAGAAAUUAUCUGUUCCUCAUCUUGGAACAAAUAAUGUUUCAGACAAAUAUCCAUUUAUGUUUUUGCACCAUAUAGAGGCAAUUGUUUAUAUAAAAUUAAUUUUGUUCACAUUUGUACUUUUUAGAAACAUUCCCAACACCGCCAGCACAAAAAGGAGGUAAACCAGUAAGAUUAUUGGCAAAGUACAAGUAUACAGCAAAUCCAGCCAAACCUGGUGGAUUUGAUGAGUUAACAAUUACGCAAGGAGAGAAAUUAGUGUUUAGCAGACCACAUCCUUCAAAUCCAUUCUGGUGGGAGGCAAAGAAUGAAAAUGGAGAUAUAGGAUUUGUACCAGCAACUUAUAUGAUGGUAAGUGUCAGUUUAUGGACUCCAUAAAUGUGAAUAUUACUUGACUUUCCUAUUUCUAUGAUGAUGUAUUGUAUUGGUGACAUAAAUCUAUAAGAAAAAUUGUUCAGGGUACAAUUAUGUGUGUUGUUUUUGUUGUUGUUGUUGUUGUAGUGUUGUUACAUAUCAUUGGAAGGUGCAGGGACUGAUGUUUAGUUCUGUCAACUCUCGAGCAAAAAUAGUGGGUUUGAGGUUUGGUAAGGAUAAUUAACAGUGUCAUACUCCCAGGCAAGACACUUGCAUCUUAAUUUUAAAUGAGUGCACAGAAGUUUUAAGAUGCGCUGAUGGCCCUGUGCAUCAGUUUGUUGACUUGACUUUAAGAUUUUAAACCCUUCACACCUUACCAUCAGUAUGCAAGAUCUCCAUAUUGUUCUCUAUACAUUAUAAUACAGUGAUGUUCAUGGUGCUGAAAAGGAGAAUUUGUCUAACAAUCAAAAGUUUCUUGAGGUCAUCAUCAUUUCUGUUAUUAUUUCUGUGACCUUAAAGUUAGCUUCAAGGGUGAUACUGUUGGAGGAAAUUAGAUGCUUGUCACUCAGAGGGGUUAACUGAGGGGUUAACUGUUACUUUGAAACAAUCCUUGGAAGUGAUCAUUAAUUCUAGGGGUCUUCUCAAGGUUGCACUGGUAUUUUCAUUACAUUUUGAAAUAAUCAGGUUUUUUUUUUUAUUUUAGUGUUAAUUAUAAAGAUUUGUUUUGCUCAAGGUUCUUGAAGACAAAAUUACCUCUCUGCCAUGGCUUGAAGAUGCAAAAAAGAAAAAAACUGAGAUAGAUGAUAAACAGGCAGAGAGUAAUCCAGGUGCUAAGCCAGCUUUCAAGCCUUAUGUAUCAGGUGAGUUUCUCCAACAUUUGGAUUGACACAAGUGAGCUUGAAAAUGUGAAGCAGUAGAAGAGAUUCUAAAUACAAUAAGGCACCUGUCUGUAACUUUCCUUUUCAGCAAAAGUUUUGGCAAGAAAAUGAAUUUAGUUCCUAUCAAACAGCUACUGAUAUCCUGCACAGAGGGGUAAGGCUAGAAACUGGGGUUAUGCUCUUGCAGUUAUGGGCCUCUUGGCCUCUAAGUCUGGACCCUUUUCACCAUAACAUCAGUAUGCAUAUUCUCUAUACUGUUCUCUCUACUGUCCCUGAGGAGCUGACAAGGAGACUUUGUCUGACAAUCAAGAGCAUAGUUAGUUGGUGAUGAUUUCCUUCAUUCUUGUGACCUUAGUGUUUGACUUAAGAGUGAUACUGUAAGGGUCAACCCACCAUAGGGGAAAUUUAACUUAUCAUCAAGCGAGUUGAUAAUAUAAUUUGGCCACUGUGAAGAGUUUAAAAGCUGAUGUUUUGAGCAUCAGCUAUUUGUCAGAACAAUUUGACGAAGGGCUAAUGCUUGAAACAUCAGCUUUUAAACUCUUCACAGUGGCCAAUUUGCAUUAUCAACUCAGCUGAUAUUACUAAAUUACCUUGUUAUGCUCUCCUACCAAUGCAGCACCACAGUUUCUUUAGAAACUUACCCCCUUAAGUCAACCCACCAUAGAUUUUCAUAUCUCAGGUUUGAAGGCAGACUCCUUUUUUUUCUGCAGCAUAUGGAUCAAGAAAAAGCAGUUCAAGUAAAAGCAAUUCAAGUCAAGAAAACCAAUACUACUGUGAAAUAUGUGAUAAAAAGUUGAAUGGACCCAUUCCAUAUGAAGUUCAUCUGAAAAGCAAAGCACACAAAGAAGAACUGGAAGUGAGAGAGGAGUUUAACUAUUAAGUAAACAAAUACCUGUUAUUUGUUUUUUGAACCACUUGUUUCAGACAUCGAAAUAGCAAUUGAAAGGAAGUGUGCCCAUUUUGUAAUUAUUUACUCCUAGUUGUUUUGUUAAAUUAACACUUCUAUGCUCAAGAUCUCAUUAGUAAUUCUCCCUACUGUUCGCCUUAUCAUUCUUAUGAUGUUAGUUCUGAGAAUUUGGUACUGGAUCAGCCAGACAUCCCCUAUUUGAUAAUAUUCUUUGUUCUCAUUACAUGUCUCCUUGAUAUUGUAUUGAUAUUGUAAGGAGAAAUUCUGUCUUGGUCACUCAUGGGAGUUAAAGGGUUUAAACUUGCUGCAUGUAGUCUUUAUUAAGAAC